CCGCAGCAUGGCAGAACCGGCAAAACACGAGCGAUACCGGGCGGGGAAGUCGACCCGAGGCCGUGCUUGCUGCUUCUGUCCGGCUUCCUACGCCGAACAGCAUUUCACGUCUACUACGCGUGUCAUAUAUCGCCGGUCGCUAUGGAGUCUCUCCGUUCUUCUAUUGAGGGUUCGCAGCCCCCAAGCAAGCGUCAGAAAAGGAAGACUAUCGCAUNGUCGACGUUGCCAUGAUCAAAAGACCAAGUGUGAUGGCGAGAAGCCUUGCAAGAAUUGUUUGCAAUCAGACAAGACUUGCGAGUAUCCAAUGCGAGAUAGAAAGGUCACUGUGAAUGAAAGUUAUAUACAACAAUUGCUUGCCGAGAACGAGCGCCUCAAGCAGAGUGUGAAUGACGAUACAAGCCAUGAGGAUACAACAGAGAUCACCAAUGGGGAUGACGAGAGACGAGGAGAUAAUCCUCUUAUUGAAAAAGAGGCAUGGUUCAUGCCGUAUGAUCCCAGUCCUAUUUACAUCGGUGAGGCUGCUUGCACAGGCUUCUCAACACGAGUUCGGCAGCUUCUGUUGGAUGCUGCUUUGAACACAACCGCGCAAUGGCCGAGCAGACCUCAAGCUUUCUUGUUGAUCAACACUGCUCUUAAUACAAUCGGCAAGUGUUACCAUUUAUGUCCCGCUAGUGCAGUGCGGACUACGCUCGACCGCGCUUACCAAGACUUGCGAUCUCUUGACCAGCUGGCAGUCUGCAAAUUGUUCGUCCUCUUCGCGCUGGGAGAGGCAUACUCUAUCAGGUCACCAUUAGACAACACGGGAUUGCUACCUGGACUUCACUAUUUCGCAAGAGCAAAAACCAUUCUUCGAGUCAUUCCGGAACGACCAAAAAUCGACCACAUUGAGAUUCUCGUCAUGUUUGCUUUAAUGAUGAGCUCCAAAGUCGGCUAUCCGACACUCCUAAAGGACGAGGAUGUCGAGGUAGACCUUCCCACCGACGAAGGCUUGACGGAAGCACAAAAAGAUGACUUCAUAGAUGCCGACUACCUCACUGCUAGUAUUAGUCUAGCUCGCAUCGCUGGCGGUAUUAUUGGCAGUCUUUACAGCCGAAGAAAACUUCCUGACACUUUCUCGCAACGAGUGCAAGCCGUCUUCCGUAAACUCCGAGAUUGGGUCGAGGCCCUACCACCGAGCAUGCAACUACGACAGGAAGAUGCAUCGAGCCAGGUUGCACGACAUAUUGUCAUGCUACAUCUAUCAUUCAACCAGUGUGUUAUACUAGCCACUCGGCCUAUACUGCUCCAUGUCUUCAGAAUCUCGAACAAGAUUGGAGGUGCUACAGAAGAAAUUUCUCAAGCAACUCUAGCAUUGGCAUCGACAUGCACUCACUCAGCAUCCCACAGCUAUCGCUUGCUGAUGCGAAGUUGGGUCAAUGGCUCUUUCUUCACCCUUGACUAUCUGUCUGCUCAAUAUUUGUUUGCUUCAGCCACCGUCCUGGCAAUAUCGAGCCUUUCUCCCGACAGCCAUGCAAAGUCGCAUCAAAACGAUCUGGAAUCAGCCACUCAUCUCUUACGUCAACUGAGCAUGCUAGGUAAUCUGGCAGCUUCCGAAUUCUGCACACACCUAGAUGCUGUGCUGAGAUCUACUGUCACUUUCAAAGCCUCGAGAGGUGAAUCUAGUGAAGCCUCGACCAUGGUUCAGGCCAGUCCCGCUGCUAGUCGUCCUGAUACUGUCACCACUGAGAUGGCACUUUUCGGUCCUCUGGUGGGGGACUUUCUUACGCAAACGGACACUGAGCUUGGUGUACCUUUGCUUCUCGAUGACAGUGCUCUGGAUUGGAGUGCGUGGGCUGGCGUUCUGGCUGAUCAGGAACCCACCCCUGGACAUAUUAACAUUGGACUU